CAUUGGCAAGAAGAAAAAUCAUGGCGGCUGCACCGUCUAGUUUGGGGACACAUUUCAAGGAAGAACUGUCCUGCAGUAUCUGCCUGGAGCUGUUCACCAGGCCCAAGGUGCUGCCAUGUGGACACAUCUUCUGUCAGGACUGUCUACAGGACCUAGCAAGUAGACAACUGCCUCUCUUGUGCCCAAUCUGUCGUCUGCAGGUCAGGCCACCCCCCCAGGGGGUCGCAGGUUUGCCUGACAGUCACAUCAUAGCCAGUUUGUGUGAGAGACUUCAACAGCAGGCUACACUGUCAGAAGAAACAAGGGAACAACAAGCCCAGUCUGCAAGCAGGUGCAGUUUUCACCCUUCUGAAGAGCUCAAAGUGUACUGCACACAAUGCCAGGUACGAGUGUGUGAUCAGUGUUUAGAAGAAACUCACGAUGGCCAUGGCACAACAUCCAUCAAAAAAGCUGCACAGGAAAGGAGCUCCACAGUCCAGGCCUUGAUCAAUGAAGGGAGGAACAUCGUGGAAAGUUACUUAAACUUCCUCAGAAGUCUGAGGGAAGAAGAGAAAACCCUGAAUGAAAAGAAACAGCAGAGAGACAACAGCAUCAUUCAGGCCUACAACCAAAUGGUGCAGAAACUCACCCAGAGAAAAGACCACCUCUUGUCUGAAUCGGAAGAAAACCACACAAAAAACUUGGACAGAAUACAGUCUGAAAGGGACCGAGUGUUGACAGAUAUCAAUGAACUGUCUGCUGCCUGUGAUCGAGCAGAACAAAAACUGCAGCAGGAAUGGGUCCAGUUUCUCAGUCAGCAAACCGCUCUGACAGAGGUGGUAGGAAAGUACAGAGGAAAAGCAGCACCAACUCCUGUACAAACCCAGCCUGCUGUCUUUCAGCCCACAGACACCCCCGUGCCAGUAUUGGGACAUGUGACGGUCCAGUCUCUCCCAUCUGCACCAAUCCCAGCAGCACCUGCAGCAAGGGGCACAGGUCAUCACCAUGGUAACCAAAGGCAAGGGGAGCUUCAGCCUCAGAUGGUGACAUUUGGUGAACGGGGAUCAGGAACAGGACAGUUCAAUGAUCCACUUGGUGUUACAGUGUCAGAAGAAGGGGAGAUUUUUGUAUCAGACAAAGAGAACCAGAGAAUCCAAGUCUUCACCCUACAGGGAACGUUCGUCCGACAGUUCCCAACAGUUGUGCCAGGUGAACAGGAGAUGUACCCACAUGAUGUGGCCAUGGACGGGGAGGGGAACCUGUGGGUGGUGGGGAGGACAGAGAACCUGUGGGUGGUGGGGGACAUGGACUCUGCUGAGUUUGCUGUGCAGUACAACAAACAGGGCAGGGUGCUGAGGAAGUUUGACCUACAGAAGACAGGGCGGGGCAGAGGAGUUGCCGUGGACACCAGGAGGAACCACAUCCUCAUCACACAGACCACAGAAGACCCGUCUAACCUACAUGGUGAAGUUUUGGUGUUCGGGAAAAAAGGGAUAUUUGGGAGAACUGUGGGUCUUGUGAGAACUGUGGGUCAGCAGCAGGGGAUGGGGUGGCCACAGUACAUCACUGUGGACGGGGAAGGGAACAUUCUUGUGUCAGACCGUGACAACCACUGUGUCUAUGUGUACAACGAGGACGGACAGUUUCUGUUCAAGUUUGGAGGUUGGGGAUGUGGUGAAGGUCAGCUGUAUAAACCCCGUGGCAUCUGUACAGACAGGGCAGGGAACAUAAUCGUGGCAGACAAGGGAAACAGACGUGUGGAGAUGUUUGACAAGACAGGAAAAUUCCUCAAACACAUCACUACAGACAUGAAGGAGCCAUAUGCUGUUGCCAUGGCAACACAGGGACAGCUGGUAGUAACUGAUGAAGAUCAAAAAGUCACCAUAUUCCAGAACUUCUGA